AUGAUCAGAGGAUUACGAUUGUUGUAGAUGAGGCCAAUCUUUUGCUUUGCUGCAGACAAGACUCCUGCGACCACAUAGGGCAAACAAUAAUAGGCAAAGCCAAUUCAAGUCUAUAAAGACGGAUAAUUGAUAACAAAGAAUUAUCUCUAAUUGAAGAAGUCCUAGGAUAUCGAAGGGUAUGUGCUCACUUUGGUGAAGAAUUAUUACAGAACAACAAACAAAUCGGCUUUAACUCUGGAUUCUGAAUUGGAAUAGCAUGGAUUGGACAGUUUGGAUUCGAUUGAGUUGUCGAUGCAAAUUGAGGAGGAUUUGGGAUAUGUGAUUUCAGCUGAAACUCUGCCCGUUUUGAAUAAGCUUAGACACUACGUUAAUUACAUCAAAUAAGUAGAGCAAUAUAAGGUGGAGAACAAUGCUUCCCCAUUGGCAUGAUUAAUAUCAUAAUGCAUAUUCAGUAUUAAUAACAAAAUAUUAAUUUUCGUU